CAUGGGACACCAAUGACAGGAUUGUAUGUUUUUCAGAUGUAGAGGAAGAGGACACUUUUCUUGCGCUACUAUUACUGGAUUCUAGGAAACCUUAAAACUUUGUCUAAUUACUGAUUCCAAUUAAAUUAUGGCUUGUCUGGACUAGCAGGAUGUUAAGAGCGAUGGUGUUUGUGUGUGUGUGUGUGUGUCGCCGUGUGUUGUUUUGACAGGGUUUUCUUAGUAGCUCAGAUUGGCCUUGAAUCCACUAAGUAGCCCACAGAGGCUGAUAUUUAUUUAUUUACUUAUUUAUUUAUUUAUUUAUUUAUUUUUUUAAGACGAUGCAGGGCCGGCUUAUCCUCCCACAGUAAGUCACACGCAGCAGUGGACGACGUCGCUGCGGACCUCCACGUCAUCCUUCCCUCUCUACUCCUGCGGUGCGCUGCGGGACACGGGCGGCAGGGCCUGGGCCUUCACCUGCACCCCAAAACCGGUCGGCCGGGCUGCGCCCCGCCCCGCGGCGCCUCCCUAGCGGGCUGCGCAGGAGGGCGUGUGCCCCGGGCCGGGUUCUGUCCCCGGGUCUGACGCUGGUGCGGCCCCGCGGAACCUGCUGCGACCCGCGCUUCGCAUCCCCGCUCCCCAGCCCCGGGCCCAGGCGCCCCCGCACGUCAGCCCGCGCGUCAGCCCCGCCGACGCCGCCUCCAGAGCAGCAGCAGGGCCGCAGCCCCCGCGCUGCCUGCGGGAGGGGCGCGGCCUGGUCACGUGACGCUCGCAGCAGCCCGGCCCUGGUCACAUGGGCCGCGGCCACUGCGUCAGUCCCAGUCCCGGCUGCGGGAGUCGAGUCGUCGCCGCCGCCGCCGCCACCGCCGCCCCCAGCGGACGGGGCGGGGAUCUUGGUGCCAGGGCCCCGUCAGCCCGCCCCCGCCUCAGUCACCCGUCCGGGGCUCGGCCGGGCCGUCAUGGAGCGGGGCGGAACCCUGGCGUCCGCGGUGUGAGGUGCGCCGCCUCGGCUCCCCGUGGCCUCCGGAUCGGCCGCUGCCCCUCGCCCCAGGCAGCCGGUCGCCGCCUCCUGGGCGGGCCCGAAUGCGCGUCCGGUGAAGGUGCAGGCCGGGCGCCGCCGCCGCCGCAGCCGCGGUCGGGAAAUGGUUCGGGCCUAGCGGAGCGGGGACUGGAGGGAAUCUAGAACAACAGCAAAGCUGAGGUCAAACUGCCAUAAGGAUGGACAUCAAAGAAGCUGUGUUUGGGACAAAAAGAAAUCAAGAUAAGCAACAUGAACCGUGAAGACCGGAAUGUGCUGCGCAUGAAAGAAAGGGAAAGGCGGAAUCAGGAAAUUCAGCAGGGUGAAGACGCCUUCCCACCUAGUUCUCCUCUCUUUGCUGAGCCAUACAAAGUCACUAGCAAAGAAGAUAAGUUAUCAAGUCGGAUUCAGAGCAUGCUUGGAAACUACGAUGAAAUGAAGGAUUACAUAGGAGACAGAUCGAUACCAAAGCUUGUUGCAAUUCCCAAGCCUGCAGUACCAACGACCACAGACGAGAAAGCAAACCCAAAUUUUUUUGAGCAGAGACAUGGAGGAUCUCAUCAGAGUAGCAAAUGGACUCCUGUAGGCCCCGCCCCCAGCACCUCUCAGUCUCAGAAACGCUCCUCUGCCCUGCAGAGUGGACACAGCAGCCAACGGAGUGGUGCAGGAGGGAGUGGCGCCAGCAGCAGUGGCCAGAGGCAUGACCGUGACUCCUACAGCAGUAGCAGGAAAAAAGGCCAGCACGGCUCAGAGCACUCCAAAUCUCGAUCCUCAAGCCCUGGAAAACCCCAGGCUGUUUCUUCAUUAAGUUCUAGUCAUUCCAGGUCUCAUGGGAAUGAUCACCAUAGCAAGGAACAUCAGCGCUCCAAAUCACCUCGGGACCCUGAUGCCAACUGGGAUUCUCCUUCCCGCGGACCUUUUUCAAGUGGGCAACAUUCAAGUCAGUCUUUCCCACCUUCUUUGAUGUCAAAAUCUAGUUCAAUGUUACAGAAACCCACUGCCUAUGUACGGCCCAUGGAUGGACAGGAGUCUGUGGAACCAAAGCUGUCCUCUGAGCACUACAGCAGCCAGUCUCAUGGUAAUAGCAUGACUGAGCUGAAGCCCAGCAGCAAAGCACAUCUCACCAAGCUGAAAAUUCCUUCCCGACCUUUGGAUGCAUCGGUUUCUGGUGAUGUAAGCUGUGUAGAUGAAAUACUUAAAGAGUCGCAACAGUCUAACUUUGGCCCUGGAGAACAAAAAAGAUACAGUACUGCUAAAACAUCAAAUGGACACCAGUCAAAAUCUAUGUUAAAAGAUGACUUAAAACUAAGCAGCAGUGAAGACAGUGAUGGGGAACAGGAUUGUGAUAAGACAAUGCCAAGGAGUACACCAGGAAGUAACUCUGAACCUUCACACCAUAACAGUGAGGGAGCAGACAACUCCAGGGAUGACUCGAGCAGCCACAGUGGAUCUGAGAGCAGCUCUGGGUCUGACUCGGAGAGUGAGAGCAGCUCCAGUGACAGUGAGGCUAAUGAGCCGUCGCAGAGCGCAUCUCCUGAGCCUGAACCACCACCAACAAACAAGUGGCAACUUGAUAAUUGGUUGAAUAAAGUGAACCCACAUAAAGUAUCCCCAGCUUCCUCUGUAGACAGCAACAUCCCAUCUUCUCAAGCCUACAAGAAAGAAGGCCGGGAGCAGGGCACUGCCAGUAACUACACAGAUCCAGGGGGGACAAAAGAAACGAGCUCUGCCACCCCAGGACGAGACUCUAAAACCAUCCAAAAGGGAUCAGAAAGUGGCCGUGGGAGGCAGAAGUCUCCUGCACAGAGCGACAGUACCACUCAGAGGAGAACUGUCGGCAAAAAACAACCCAAAAAACCUGAGAAGUCAGCUGCUGAAGAGCCUCGUGGAGGCCUGAAGAUAGAAAGUGAGACCCCUGUGGACAUGGCUGCCAGCAUGCCCUCCAGCAGGCACAAAGCAGCCACCAAGGGCUCGAGGAAACCCAACAUCAAAAAGGAAUCAAAAUCUUCUCCUCGACCUACGGCAGAGAAGAAGAAGUACAAGUCAGCCAGUAAACCGUCCCAGAAGUCUCGGGAGAUCAUAGAGACUGACACCUCGUCCUCAGACUCGGACGGCAGCGAGAGCCUGCCUCCCUCCUCACAGACUCCUAAGUACCCUGAAAGCAACAGGACUCCUGUCAAACCCUCCUCAGUGGAGGAAGAAGAUAGCUUUUUUCGGCAACGAAUGUUCUCUCCUAUGGAAGAGAAGGAGCUCCUUUCCCCACUCAGUGAGCCUGAUGACAGGUAUCCACUCAUUGUGAAGAUUGACCUCAAUCUUCUGACUCGAAUACCCGGGAAGCCUUACAAAGAAACAGAGCCACCCAAGGGGGAAAAGAAAAAUGUUCCAGAGAAACACUCGAGAGAGGUGCAGAAGCAAGCCUCAGAAAAGGCUUCCAACAAAGGCAAGAGGAAACACAAGAAUGAUGAUGAUACCCGAGCCAGUGAGAGCAAAAAACCCAAAACAGAGGACAAGAACUCAUCAGGCCACAAGCCAUCCAGCAGCAGAGAGUCAUCUAAGCAGAGUAGUACAAAAGAAAAGGACUUGCUACCUUCACCUGCUGGGCCCAUUCUUUCAAAAGAUUCAAAAACAGAGCAUGGUUCUCGGAAGAGGACUGUCAGUCAGUCGUCGUCCUUAAAGUCCAGUGGGACCAGCAGCAAAGAGAACAGUGGCAGCAGCAGCAAGAGCAGCUCCUCCUCCACAGCGAAGCAGAAGAAGACUGAAGGCAAGGGUCCCAGCAGCUCCAAGGAGGCCAAGGAGAAGGCUCCAAAUAGCUCCUCUAAUUGUCCUCCGUCUACACCAACUUCUGAGUCUUCGAAGCCUCGGAGAACAAAGCUUGCCUUUGAUGACAGAAAUUAUUCAGCAGACCAUUAUUUACAAGAAGCAAAAAAACUCAAACACAAUGCAGAUGCUUUGUCUGACAGGUUUGAGAAAGCCGUGUACUACCUUGAUGCUGUAGUGUCUUUCAUUGAGUGUGGGAAUGCAUUAGAGAAGAACGCUCAGGAAUCCAAGUCCCCAUUCCCUAUGUACUCAGACACGGUGGAGCUCAUUAAGUACACUAUGAAACUAAAGAAUUAUUUGGCACCAGAUGCUACAGCUGCAGACAAGAGACUCACAGUACUUUGCCUGAGAUGCCAGUCAUUAUUGUACCUGAGGCUGUUCAAACUGAAGAAGGAGAACGCUCUCAAGUACUCCAAGACGCUAACUGAGCACCUGAAGAAUUCUUACAGUAAUUCUCAAGCACCUUCACCCGGCUUGGGGAGCAAAGCUGUUGGGAUGCCCUCCCCUGUUUCUCCAAAACUGUCACCAGGCAAUUCUGGAAGUUACUCUUCUGGGGGAAGUAGUGCUUCAGCAAGUGGUUCUUCAGUGACCAUUCCACAGAAAAUCCACCAGAUGGCAGCAAGCUAUGUCCAGGUUACAUCUAACUUCCUCUAUGCCACAGAAAUUUGGGACCAAGCUGAACAGCUUUCCAAAGAACAAAAAGAAUUCUUUGCUGAACUGGACAAAGUGAUGGGCCCUCUCAUCUUUAAUGCAAGCAUCAUGACAGAUCUGGCUCGUUACACCCGGCAGGGACUGCAUUGGCUUCGGCAGGAUGCCAAGCUGAUAUCUUGAACUGAACAUACUCUCGUUGCCUCUGAUUUUUUUCCACAACACUGUGUCACAUCACAAAGGAAAACUGCCAUAACACACCACCUAGUCGACACUAAGAAUGAGGAAUGGUUUUCUCCUCUUUGGUUUAUGUUGUUGUUUCUAUAACCCAAAGCUAUCAUAUCAAUUGACCCUUUGAAGAGUCCCAAUGUGACAAGUAUUUAAAUGCUUCUAAACCUUCAGUACAUCAGCAAGAUGGUUUUAGUAAUUGGAAUUCCAGUUGCAAUUCAUAAAUAAUCAAGUAAAAUUCUAUUUAUUUUCAUUUUUUUUCAAGUUCCCAGAUUGGAGCUUGUUUAAAGCUUAGUAUUUCUGCCUAUAAAUUUAUUCUGUUAAUAUUUAGCAUAAACUUAAUGUAGGCAUUUUAUUUAUAUAUUUUGGGAGCUGUGUUACUUAAUGUCUUCUAAGAUAAGAGUUGGCUUGUCCAAGACAGGACUUGUUCUCUCUACAGCUACUCACCUAUGUUCUUUCAAGUCUUACUACAGUUUUAUUAUUGUAGGAUUUAUGCUUGGUAUUAAGGAUGCUCUUCCACAUGUGAAAAGUCAUUUAAACAUGAGAAGACGGCAUUCUGCAUGGGUGCAGAAAUGGAGUGGGUCUGGUUUAGUAUGCAUUAUUUCAAAACUGUGAAUGUGUGUUAGUAACACUAGCAAUCACAAGGUGACUACAUUGCAUCUAAUGCAUUACAAAAAAGCAGAUAGAUUUGCUGGGGAAGCACUGAAUGGCUUCAUAAAGGACAAUCUUAAACUAUGAGUUUGUUAAAACCUUAUAUUCUUUUUUGUUUUACUCAUUUGACACUUGAUUGAAACAGAGUAAAUUACUCCUAAAAACAGUGAUCCAGUUUCUGAAGGCUGCAGCCUGUAUUCAUUGCUAAUGUUUGAAGGUUAAAGUCUGUGGAUUUCCCCUAUGGUGGAGAGAUUGUGAUGCUCAGAUCUGACAGUUCAGGAACUGGAGCUUGAAAGGAGGUGUCCCAAUGUCUAAUGUGGAGAAAAUUAAUUUCUCUUUCCAAAGAUCCUCAUCAAUGAUGUAUGCUUUUGACAGGAUCAGAAAACUCACAGUAGCAGCUGAGCAUGGUUUUGUAUAUCUGUAAUCCCAACACUGGGGAGGGAUAUCAGGAGGGUCAGGAGGUCAGAAUCAUCCUCAAGCUACAGAAAGCUAGACAGUGAGUUUGGGGCUAGCCUGAGCUACACAAUCCCUUGUCACAUUAAAGAAAGAAAAUGUAUACUAGGAAAGUACCAAACUUGGCUCAUUGUGAGCUUUCUUGGAAAGGGGGAGAUGAUAGAGACAGGGCUUAGGAAGCCAGCUCUGUAACAGUUCCUUAUCAAACUACUGUUCCCGCAAGGUGCGCAUAGCAGUGAAGGGCGAGGAUGUCUCUCUUCCUCUAUACUUCUUUUUAGUGACCCCGUCAUGUCUGGUGUGCCUUAAAUCUUAACUUUAAAUGAUAACUCUAUGGAUUGUUUACAGAUAAAGUUUUAUGCUGGGACCAGAUUAGCCAUGCAUGGUUGGUCCUCUACAAUAAUAAUUUCAAAUCCUCUUUGAUUUUAAAUCUUCUUUUAGAGUCACAUUAAGACUCCUUCAGAAAAGCUAGUACUUUGGUACCUGAUUUAGUGUAAUCAAUUGGGUAUAAUGCUGCUUCAAAAAAUGGCUUUUCCUUCUCAUUCCAAAAAUCCAUCCAAUUAGGGAGAAAAAUCCCCUGUUAGCAGAUGAUUGUUGAGACUUGAAUGGAAAGGAGGAAGAGGGGAUAGCAACCUUCACGCAGCAGUGUCGCAAAUCCUCUCUGACUCCUUCACCACCUGUUUCUGAAGAUAGUGAACUUUGUCCUGCAGUCUCAUAUCUACAGAGCUUAACUGCUUUGUGUCUCAUUAUUUUUACAUAGUGUUGAGGGUUGAUACCUAUAGCUUAUGCUGAAUUGAACAUUUUUCCCUUGGAGAAAUUGCCUCUGUACCUUCCUACUUUAAUCGUAGUGUAUUUACGGAAUGCUUCUUCAGAGGCCAUCGGUUCCUCUCUUGUGCUAGUAACCUCCAUGGUCUAACAGCUGUGUGUCCUGUCCUUGCCUCUUCUCUCUCACUCUGGCUUCUCCAUUUCAGGGAGGCCUUAGAAGUAGAGCAAGCACCCUCUCCCUGUGCUUUCAGCCCCGCUGCUGCAGUUCGGGGCUCUGCUUUCCAGCUCUGGGCUGUGUGCAGCGCAUUCUAGUGCGCCUCUGACGUCAUGCUAAAGCAGAGUUUCCUACGUGUUCAUGGUGCUGCUUUAAGAUGUUUUCCCUUUAAAACUGUCAGUUCUUGGAGAAUGAAAUGGUUGAACCUUUCAUUGUGGAGGAUUUUCCUCACCACAUAGAAAUGGGCAAUGGAUCAAAAUCUGAUCCUAAGCGAUUGCAUUUUUGAUGUCAUAGUGUGUGAGAAUACACUCUGUGUCUCUUCUCAGAUGUUUUGUCUCAGUCAUGUCCAGCACAUACCUUGGACUCCUUUACAAGUGACCAUCCCUCCCUCUCGGUAGGUGCCCUCAGUGUUUUUUAGCCAUUUAAAGCUGAUUUGACAAGUGGCUACAAACUUAGUCUGAAACUUGUAUUCACUCUAUAGUUAGUAAUAGAAAUAGCAACUAUUGUUAAUGCUCAGUUCACUGCUCUUAAGAUCACAUUUCUAUGGCAGGAGGCAGCAGCAUGCACCAUUGGACUCUGGACAGGUGAUCACAGGAUCACAGUGAUGCAGCUGUCACAGUAGUCCUGCCUGGGAGAGGCUGGGCUGUGGGAGCACUCCCCUCCAUGCAUUCAAGAUUACACAGCCUAGCCCAUGUCCCAUUCUGGCUGGAGAACACCCAGCCCUUUCCUUGCUCAGUGACACCUUUUUCUGGGCAAGAAGUUAUGAAGUCACUUUAUUAUCUGUAAGUGCUUCAAAUAAAGUCACAGAGCUGCUGAAGGGAGAAGGUUGACCACUACUGAUUUAAUUCUCCACUGUCAAAGCAAUUCAGAGUAAUGUGUGCAUGCGUCCACAGUUGCUGUUUUUUCUGGGAAGCUCUUGCACUAGGGAUUUACAGGCACCUGGGCUGCACUUUGAAUGACACACUUGUGGCUUUAGAGUAGCUGUUAUUGUUUUGUUUUAAAAUUGUUCUUCGUUUCUUUUCAUUAAUGGUUUAAUCAGCUAGAUUAGAAAGCAUCAUUUGUAUUUAACAGCUGAAACUUUGGUACGUUGACGGUUAUCGAGUGAGCUUGCAUUGUGUAGCCAGGGCCUACAGAGGCUCUUGUCAGGAAUACAAGCACUGCCUGGAGCUGGUGCUCAGAGGAGCUUCUAGUGCAACCAGGAAUAGCUCCGUGGGGUGAUGCCUAGCUCAAUUGAGAAGGGGGAUGCUGUACACUCUUCUAGGUAUGAGGGUAUGCGACUUUGGAUCUUAAAAUUAUGUACACAUACACACUUUAUAUAUAUGUACGUAUGUAUGUAUGAAAACAUGGAAUUAGUUUGUCAAAAAUGUGUGUGUUUAGUAUUUUAGCUUAGUGCAACUAUUUCCACAUUAUUUAUUAAAUUGAUCUAAGACACUUUGUUCUUGGCACCUUGAAUAUUAACAUUCAAGGAUGCAAUGUGUAUUCCUUUAGAUUGUUAAAGCUUAAUUACUAUGAUUUGUAGUAAAUUAACUUUUGAAAUAUAUUUGAGCCCUUCUGUAGUAUAAUAGGGCUCUUACAGGGUGGGAAAGAUUUUAAUUUUCCAAUAGCUAAUUGAACAAAAUGGCUUCAUUGUAUAUUUUGAUUUAUAGGAGUCUGUAAGGUGUCUGGGUCCCAAGGACAUCUACUGAGGAUGACUGUUUUAGGUGGGUGGAAUGGUGUUUAGACUAUACCUUAGUGACUUGGAAAGCCAGAGCACCUAGUUCAAAUCCGGACUCCUAUAACUCAUUCCUCUAGGAUGUGGAAUACAAAUCCCAUCCAGCUUCACAUUUCAAUUAGAGAGGCAGACUUCUUUUCCAGUAAUAUUGUACACCUAGUGUUGCUAUGAGUAAAAUCAGUAGGAAAAAUACUGAGAAGGUCUGGGAAGACGCACUGACUAGGCCAGCGGUCACAUUUGUAAAUGUACCUUUCCCAUACCUUCCAGUGGAGGCAUUCAGCUGCGACUUUUCAGACCCUAAAACCAAGCCAGGGAGGAGGAACACAUGUUUAAGGUUAGAGAAGGCCAGGAGUGCGGGUGCAUACCCUGAGGCAAAGGCCAUCCUUUGCUAGAUAGAGAACCUGAGAUGCUGAGACCCAUUGGUGAACCAGUGUGGUAGUGCAUGCUUUAAUUCUAGCACUUGGACUGUCAGUUUGAGACCAGCAUGCUCUACACAGAGAGACCCUGGGAGAAAGCAAAGUGUAGUAAGAGGAUGCCAUUCUGCAGAACUCGUGUUAAUUACAUGAACCCCAUGGUUAACUAAAAAGAACUUACUGUUCCCAGAGCCAGGGAAUAGAAAAGAAGCUACACUUCUCUUGUAAAUGGUAUUUAGAACAAGGUGUUCGGGUAAAGUCUCAACUAGUCAGAGGUUUCAGCAGCUUAAAUUGCUAAUAUUUAAGAAGUUGAUUUUCAGGAAUGUCUGCCUGUGCCUCUCUCCUUGCUGCCAUUGAUCAGCUCAGCAGGAAUCAUCAUCUUUAAACGUGGAGAAAGCUCUCAGAUGAGCGUGGACAAGCUCCCACCCAGAAGUCCUAAUGAUACUUGGUUUUGACUGUGCUGCUUCUGUGUUAGGUUUCUUCUCAGCUUUUAGCCACUGGGGUUUUCUGCCUGUUCUGUACCUCUCUAGAAGAUGUCGACUUGGAAGUGCUGCCUUUCACACCAGUGCCAUGGUGUCCAUAUAGUUGAGCUUGUUGCUGAUCCAGAGGUGUCCCCUUUAUGCUCACACCUGGCACAUCACUGACAUGAGCAUUCAACAGUACAUGGGUGAGGGUAGAGGUGGGGCUAGCCAACAGCCCUGGCUCAAUUGGCAGGGCCUGCAAAGGCCCCACUUGAGGGCCAGACACUAGGUUGGUAAGCACAGUUAGGGAAAUUUCUACCUAACCUCCGUUUUGAAUGAUUCUGAGAAAUUUUAUAUAUGGAGGAUGGAAAUGCUUAUAUAUUUAUUGAAGAUCUUUUUAUUUGAAAUUAAAAUCAUUUGGUAAAUAAUGGUUUGAUAUUUGGGGAGGGUUUUGGAGGGAAGUAACAUGGUUGAUAAAUUACAGGCCUGAUGACUCCCCUGAAGGGCGCUGUUGCUGAUGGAGAGAGAGGCCUUUAUCUUGUACAUGAUCCAAUCUUUGUCUUAGGUUUCUUUUAUCCAAAAUAUCUAGGCAUCUGACACUUUCAACCAAAAUUUCAAUUAUAUACUGUGAUUUUUAUUUGUUGCAAUACGUUAAAUUUCAGAGGUACUUUGGGGCUCAAGAGCUAGGAUUUCUAAGUCAGUAUGUGCAUUUCACAUAAUAAGCUGUUAAUGGUGAGCAAAGUAUUAUAUACUAACUAGAUUUUCCACAUCUGUAUAGUAUAUUAUAUGUAUUUUGUGGUAUUGAGAUUAUAGAAAGUUUAGAGUGUCAAACAUGCGUUUAAUGUGUAUUUUUAAACAAAUUUAUGGCAAUUAAAAUAUUUGGAGACAAGGGUAUCACAUUUCAAUUUGUAAAACUCUUUUUAACUCUACUGUGUCAUUACAAUGCUUUGUAUAAUGCCAAACCAUAGCUGGAGAAACUAAGUUUAAUAAAUAUCAGCUAGCUUUUCUGUA